CAUUUUAAUUGUUAAAAAAUAGAGUGUCCCAAAUAUAUAUAAAUAUAUAUACAUAUAUAAUUAGAAAAUGUCCAUUAAUCUUGGAAAAUCGUUGCCGCAACUACAACAAUCACUAUUGAGCAACACCAGCAGUAACAACAACAAUAAUAAAAUUAUUGCCACUAAUAUUUAUGGCUCCUCAUCAGAUUACCAAUGCUCAGACUUUGACUUUGAUGAAUUCGACUCAGAAUCCGUGACAUUAGAUUACUUUAAAGAAAGUUCACGACGUCCAUCUCCAUCGAAAAUGGCUCCUACCACUACCAUCGAAACUAUAACAAUUACACGUCCGUUAAAGGUUAUUGCUUUCAUAUGCGGUGUGAUUGUUGUCAUAUUAAUGAUAAUGGCGUUAGCAUCAACUGAUUGGCUUAUGGCAGCAGGUUGGAGACAAGGACUUUUCGUACAUUGCAUUGAAGAAGACGUCAUUUCACCACUUCCAUUUAAUAUAAAUGAACCACCCGGUUGUUACAAUAGCCGCGAUGUUUUUUAUAUAAAAGCUACUGCAGGUCUGUGCAUAUUGACAUUAAUCACAGAUGUUAUUGCUACAAUUUUAACUGGACUCGGUUUAAAAACACAAAAUCAUAAUUUGAAAUACAAGUUUUACAGAAUAGCGGUAAUAGUUAUGCUUUGUUCAUUAUUAGCGGUGUUAUCUGCAUUGAUAGUAUAUCCGGUAUGCUUUGCCGGGGAACUUAAUUUAGCUAAUCGACCUAUCUGGGAGUUUGGAUGGGCGUAUGGAGUAGGGUGGGGAGCAGCUAUUUUUCUUUUUGGAGCUGUUGUCUUACUUUUAUGCGAUAAAGAAUCUGAAGAAAUUUAUUACAAGGAAAGAAAAAUUGUGCACGAAAAUCAAAUGCGCGCCUAGGCCAGGCCGCACGACCUGCCGGACGUCGUUCUUUAAUUAUAAGUAUUUAUUUUAUAUAAUUGAAAAAGAUAAUUAUGCAUUAUUUACCAAACAUUAUCAUUAAUAUAUAUAAGAAUUUUCGUAAUUGACAUUAAAAUAUUACAAAACCUCCUCCUAUGUACAAAAUAUCAGCGUGUUCUUAUACUUUUUUUAUUUCGAAUACUCAUAUAUAUAUAUAC